CAUUAUCACAUUGUCGCAAAAAGGCGGGCACACGAAUAAAAGCAUAAAUAAAUAAACAAAAAGCCGGCAUGCCGCUCACCGAUGUUUUGGAAUUAAACAAAACCGAGUUGUUCGCGAAGAUUCGCGACGGCUUGCCCGUGGUGCAGAGGACACAGAACCUACUGGACUGCAAGGACGACCUGCUGUUCGCCUGGGACUCCAAGGAGAGCUGCCUGCUGGUGCGCAACUGGCGCUCCUCACUGGCAGCCGAGGUGAAUGUCCAGUUCCAGACUCUGAUCCCCUCGAGCAUGGUAAGCCUCGAGGUGGACCGCGUACUGGCUUCCAACGAGGGCUCGCUGGUGGCUCUCAGUGGGCCACGAGGUGUGACCGUCAUGGAGCUGCCCCGGCGCUGGGGAACCGAUGGAUACUACAAGGACGGCAAGGCCCGGGUCACCUGCCGCACCUACAGCUUGGACACGCAGCUGUUCCUCAACAAUCCCCACCUGGAGGUGCGCCAAGUGCGCUGGCAUCCGCACUCUGUUUCGGACUCCACGCUUCUAGUGCUGCUGAACAACAACACCAUCCGGGUGUACAAUCACUCCAAGCUGCGCCACGUGUGGCAGGUGGGUCCCUCCAUCCUUAGAAGCGGGACCAACAGCUCGCUCUGCGACUUCGGCGAGGUGGCCGUGGAUUUUGACAUCGCUCCCGCUGGAAAAUCUCGUGACACAGAGCCAGGAACUGGUGGGGAAAACGAAACCACUCUGGAUAAGAGCAACAAAACCCUGAUGGCAGCCAAAUCACUGCCCAAGCAGGAGAGGAUCGAGUGGCCCGUAGUGGUGCUGCGCGAGAACGGUAAUAUAUACAUUUUGAUGACUGGCCUGGACUCGGAUAAGACGCGUCUCCAGGGCCCCAUCACCAUAACUCCCCAGGCACGAGACAACUAUGGCUUGGAGUCGUGUGCGGUCAUGAUUAUCCCCUCACUGCCGCCAACUCUUGUUAUAGCCGAGUCCAAUGGAAAGCUGCAUCAUGCCCUCCUCAUGGAGGCGGAGUCCUCCGAGCAUUCGUUCAACGAGGUGGACGACUUUGUGCUCAUCGAACCGGCAGAAUACGUUAUCCAUGUUCUAGAAACUGUGGAACUGGAGUUGGGACUGACUGCAUCUGGAGCUGCAGCAGGGGGAGAAUCCUACAAUUGCCCUGUUUACUUAAAGCGUGACCUGAUCAACGAGCUGCGUUACUUUGCCUAUCACAAUGCGGGCCUCCAUGCGGUUACUGUGAACUUUAUCUCAGAGCUGCAGCGCUACCUGGACAGCGAGUCCGAAGAUGACAGGCUUGAGCUGGCGGCCUGUUCGCGGGCAGAGUACAUUCUAUGCACUAAAUUCGACUCCAGUGAUGCCGUGAAUGCAGUCUUUGGAUUAGCCCUUCUGCAAAUUCCCGCUGGAGUGGUUCUUCUACUGGGCAGCGGUCAGGUCGUCAGCCUGAAGCUGGUAAUCGAUGCUCAGCUUCUGGUGACACCCAAUGAGAAAAAACAGACCGGAGCGGAUGUGUCCCAGCAGGAGACUGGGCCAUCUUUUGUCGACACCAUAAAAUCGCUGCUGCAGCGCAGUGUAAACCAGCCCAUCCUGGCGGAUAAACUGUCUUCGCCAUCUGCCCAGGAGAGCUACGAACUGCUGAACCAGGCCAUCGAGGUGCUCCGCGAACAGUACCUUAAGCGGCAUGACCUAGUGCGCGCCGCCUUUGCCCGCCACAUUAACCAGAUCAACUUAAAGAAAGAACAACAGAAGCAGGAGAUCCAGGAUCUGGAGCAGGAGCGCGAAUUGAUCAGCGAGCGGGCCCACAAGCUGGCCGAGCGGUUCGAGGAGAUCAGCUAUAAUCAGGAGCUCCUCGUGCGCAAGUGCAAUGCUCUGAUGCAGAAGGCCAAUGCCUCACUACCGAAUAGCGUGGUGGCCGAGCGGGAGUUUUCCCAGGAGGUAGGUCGCCUUAACAAGGUCACCCAGAGCAUGGCCGCGGGACUGGAGGACGCCAAGAAGACGCUGAACAAGCAGCGCUACCACAUUGCCAAGAGCCAGGAGGAUCUCAAGAAGAAUGCUUACGAGUUGCCGGAGAAGCAGCAUCGCACCAUCACAGAGAUACUGACCCAACUAACCGGGGAGAUCGAUCGCCAGAUCACCGACGUCAAGCGCAUAAACAAAAUCGUUGGUGUAUAAACGCGAAUUGGAAAGCACACUGUUAUGAUUUCGCCACGUUUUAGUUGAUAGUAAAGCCGUUGCGUAGAACUAAAAUGUAAUAAUAAUAAACAUGUCGAUUAAGUCUUAUA